AUGCAAGCACGUCAGCCAGCCCUCGAUCAAAGGCUCCCUCAGCUUGUCAUUGGUUUACCUAACUACGAUCCAAACAUUCUGGCGUAUCGGAUACAAAAUGAACCAAACUUUGCUUAUUCUGUGACCCUGUCCAGCCGAGAUGACGCCUUGCGUUUUGCUGCCCUGUUGAAUGACGAGCUCGAGCUAAUCCGCGUAUCUCCCGCCACCGAAUCUGUCACAGAUUACAUCCAAGAAUUGCGUCUUGUUGGGUUAGAGAAGCUGGACGGCUGGCUACCAUGGAUCUCUGAACCGGACCUUAUACCGAUCGGGCGACUCUGGAACUUGCGAGUCCUAUCCUUCGAGAACUUUGAUUUCUGCCACAUGGUCGACGACUUGUUCUACAAUAUGCUACGCAGGCUGUUUUCACAGGUCGAUGACGGGAAAAUUGAGACUUUUUACAUGAAACAAUGCCGGUUCUCGUUCUUUUACCACUUUGACGUCCUCCUUUUUAUGGUGAACCCGUCUAUGCUUUACCUUGAUCUCAUAUACUGGGAGUACGAGGAUGAAUACGUGUUUGGACGCCCCACUCAGAUGGUGACCAGACUGCGGUUGACCUCGGUCGAAGCCAGUCGAGGCGUCCGCACCAGCUUGUCCAAAAUCGCAGCUUGGCUCGUCAGAGUUGGCGACAAGAAUUUGCUGACCAGCCUAGCGUUCACCGAUCUUCCGCUGGAAAACGUGCAAGUGGUGGGUGCCGCAUUCAAACACCUUGGCUCGUCGCUCCAAGAGCUCAAGAUCGGAUUCAAGUAUGACGAACAAAUGGGACCAGUCUCAGAGAUUAGGAAACAUCUCGAUUUUUCGUUGAACACUUCACUGCACUCGCUCCAUCUGGUCAUCAAUGGCUCCCAGGAGCUCGCGUUGUCUUGGGUCCCAACACUGCUUUCUCAACUGCUGACAGAACACAGAACACUCAAGAAGCUGACCUUCGAAAUUCCGUUAAUCUCCAAACGUCAGUUGCAAAACAGGACGUGGGGCAGUCUAAUGGAGAUGUUGGACUACGCACAGCUCUCCAGCAUCGUUUGGAUACAUCGUGGCGGUCUCAGUCCAGCGGAGACUCAGCACGCAGUAUUGUCGCGUUUUCAUCCGACCUUACAUCCGCUCCUACGCAUCAAAAUAGCUGGAGCUGAACACGGUGGUAUCGAUCUUCUCGUCUAA